CCCCUCCCCUUAGCAACAGAGGAAACAUGGCGGCGUCCAGUACAGCGGAGCACUCUCCGGAGAUAUCGACGCCGUUAAAGAUACCGAAAACCGAGGUGCCAUCCCCCGAGUCGGAGGAUUUGAGUGACAGCAAUCAAUACCACUCCAACCCCUCGACGCCUAACCGCUUCUCGCCUCUGAACGUGGGCUCGGGGACCGCGGGCCGGACGGCGGCCUCAUCCUCCAACAGCUUCACGGCUUGCCGGGGGAUGUCGUGGACCCCGUCCGAGACGAACGCCCUCAUCGCGGUGUGGGGCAACGAGAGGCUGACGGAGGCGCGGAUGCAGCAGCUGGAGGUGGCGGGCACCGUGUUCUCCGGUAAGGCCCCCGGGCCCGCCAUGUACGAGCGGGUAUCCAGAGCCCUGUCGGAGCUGGGAUACGAGAGGACCCCGUCCCAGUGCAGGGAGAGGAUGAAGACGCUGCGGCGCUGCUACAGCCGCGUGAAGGAGCACGGCAUCGGCAAGAGGAAGAGCAGCUACACCAUCGAGCAGCUGGAGAAGGUGUUUGGACAGGGGGGCUGGGACUCCCAGAGCUGUGCCCCAGUGCUCAUCAAUAGCAGCGGGCUGUACCAGGAGAUGGAGUCUGACAGCAGCACCCUGGAGGACUUCUCCCAGGAGGACUGGUGCAACCAGGUGCUGGACUCUGCCUUCCAGGAGGGGGACAUGGAGACCGAAGAAAUCCAGAUGCCUAAAAACCGAGCUCUACAGAUCCAAAUAGAGCUGUCGGAACAAAUCCAGAAAAGAGAGACCAUGCAGACGGUGAUACGCAUCCUGGAGUCGGUGCAGCUGAAAUGGGAGCACUUCCAGACGUGGACGGAGUUCUCUCGGCUGCACCUUUCCAACAAGCUGGCCAUCUUCGGCGUGGGCUACAACACGCGCUGGCGCGAGGACGUGCGGUACCACUACGCCGAGAUCAGCUCACAGGUACCGCUGGGCAAGAGGCUCCGCGAGUACUUCAACCCGGAGAAGCCCGAGGGCCGCGUGGUCAUGACCAGGGUCCAGAAGAUGAACUGGAAGAACGUCUACUACAAGUUCCUGGACAUCACCAUCAGCGAGGCGCGCUGCCUGGAGCUGCACAUGGAGGUGGACUGGAUCCCAGUGUCCCAGUCCAGGGCCACGGGCUGCGGCAAGGGCACAUCCCACUACCUCCUUCCCGGGGACAUCCCAAAGGCGUACGGACUGUACGCCAUCGGCUACGAAGCGGAAGACCUCAGCUGGCCUCGGCCCAACGGGGCGCAGAGCCAGGACGACGGAGAAUGUUCGGAGAAGUGGGAAAGGACUGUAGGAGAGGUGACCUACUGCUACCUGGGCAUAGCGGAGGAGAGGACCAUACAGCAGAGUCUCUUCCAGCACUUCCAGGGCUCCGGCAAACACUGUGGCCACGCCGAACCCCCCGCCGUGACGCGUUUCCUGCAGGAGAACUGCAGCGGCGCCGUCGCGAAUCAGAACGGGGACGGGACGGAGGACUCGCCGCAGCGAUUCGCCAUUUACAUCAAAUUCAUCGAGGUGGAGCUGGACUUCCUGUCGGCGGGCUCCCUGCUGGAGUGCCUGGAGACGGCUGUCGGCUGUCCCUUGAAAUACAACAACAAAGACACAUCGUAACCAAAUACGGCGUUUCGCACCUUGUAUUGACUGAAGAUACGAUGAGCACAGCGUUCCCGCCAGCCGGGCCCCAGAAAGGGGGCUCUGUCUCUUCCAACGCAUGUGUGCAGGAGUCUGCCAUAUUUUCACAGCCUAUUGAACUGAUUUCUCAUCGGGCCCUUAAUUAGGUCCAAAAGGAGUGACUACAAAGCAGAUGUAUUGUGCAGAGCUGCAGCUACAAUAACUUAAGUAUAACAGAGCUGCAAUAUCCAAGAAGUAUGUUCUUAUUUAAAGCUUAUGUGCACUACAAAGGUGUCUGCUGCUCGCUUAGUGUAGAUAAGUAUUCCCUCAUCAGGGAGCGUGGGGUUGGCUAGGUAACUACUGCAGCAUGCAUACGUCUACCUCCGUAGGAUGUACCGAACAAGGCGGCGAGGGGACAGUGGGAUGGAUUUAUUCUCAAGUCUGCCAUUACUGUGACUGUGGAGGCCCGGAGCCGAGAGGAGUGGCGUGCUGGUUUCUGUGUAACAGAGCUGCAGCUGGGGAUGACUCCAUGCAGGGAGGUACCUGGGAGACGGUGCACGAACCCAACGGGCCGGCCGCCUUGGUGGUUUCCUCUCCAUUUCAAUUCAGCGCUGACGCUUAAUGCCGAACUGGAGUCGCAGCUUUGCGCAGCAAGUAAAUAAAACGCUACGUGUUGCCAACAGCGCUGUAAAUAAUGCACACUAAUGAAAGAUUUCUCAGACUGCUUGUCAUGAUGAGCAACCGAUGUAAAGAAAAGAAUUGCCUUAGCAACACUGUAGAAGUGCGACAUGUCGCUCCUUUCUCAUGUUCUUUGUGAGUACAUCCUGCAGGAUGCCUGUGUGGUGUUAACGACAUGAUGAUGGAUAUGAUAACGUGUUCCUGAUUGGCGCAUACGCUCACAUACCAGACCUUGCACAUCCACAUGCCUCGUCUGUGGUGUUGAGGGCUUUGCUCCUUCAGAAGCAAGAGCUAGAUACUCUGAAACACUGCCACACCACUCAGGGCCCUCAGGUACAUCUCAACUGGCUUUUAAUUCAGAAAGUGCUUUCAAAUCAUCCACGUGAGGUCCACCCUCCUCGUUUUUACAUUACAGCUCUGUCCCCGGUAAAACCAACGGAGAGUAAAGAGACCAGACGCUGCAUCCAUGUAGAAUGCCCCCCCGCCCCCCCUUCUGUCAUACGUAUUGGGGGCCGUAUCUUUUGGAGCCUCCCCAGCUGCAGUGGUAGACCAACACGCACACUCCUUCUGAUGGGUGUGAAACGGGCCUUGAGCCUGAGCUACGACUUAAAGUCAGGUAAAGAAAGUUGACGUGCAAUGUGCCAGGAGAGGAUGAGUGUAGAGAAGUAUCAAAAAAGGGACAGGUCCAUAUUGAAUCUAUAGAUACAUGAAAUCUACCUGAAAUAUCUAUAAUGUAUAUAUAUAUAUAUAUAUACAUACACAUAUAUAUUUAAAAAUAUUGAUGUUCUUAAGCAUUUUCGCUUUUGAAAACUUGCAAUGUUCAUUUGUUUCGGUAUACAGUCUAUGAAGAUGAAUAUCUAAUAUUUUAUAUUUUAUUGGUUGACACCAUGUCUCGUAUGUGAAUGUUUUGAAGUCACCGUCUUGUAUGUUUACAUGUUUGAAAAAACAAUAAAUGAGGCACUUACUGUCAUUUGCCACACGGUGAAAA